AUGGACAUAGCAAGGUUUUGGACAUAUAAAAAUGAAUUCAUAACCUAUUCCAAAACUGUUAACAGCAAUCGUGUAGAAACUAAAGUUGUAAAAGUAAUGAUAAAUAUAGGUCAUUUAUUUGAAAGGGUCACUCGUGAGAAAAGUGAAGCUUGGGAAUUUAUUAAUCUGGAUUAUGCUUUGUGA